ACAUUUGAUUUCAGUUUUAAAAUAUUAUCUAAAUAUCCAGAAAUUGCUGUUGUCUAAAAGUUAUUUGACAUUUUACCCCACAAGGUAAGGAUUUCCAAUACAAUAAUUAAUACAGCCGCUGCAGAGGGGCCCAUCUUAUUGUUCGCCUGGGGCCUCCAAACUGUCAAGUCCGCCACUGCCGUGGGAGGAGAAAUGAAGGAACCAGCUGUCGUUUUCUGUGGUUUGUGGAAGUUUGGGAGUGAGACUAAAUAGAAGUCUGUUCUAAACAGACCGGGAUUUACUGCCCAGAGUAGUACUCUUCCCUCCAUAGACGAUCUUCGGUGCGGUCUCCUAACAACAGCACAAACAGCGUCAGGUGUCCUCGAGGCCGAAGCGGAGGCCGCGCUUUGGAGGCAAGAUGGUUCAACAGACGAUCCAGAUUUUUGGCCGCAUUAAACCCACAGGGAAACCGGCGGCGGUGUUUUCUGUGGACAACGAAGACCCGACAGGAGCUUCCUUGGACUUCCUGUUACCCAGAGACCUGAGCGAUGGAUUUGUGAACAACAAGAGGGAAAGCUACAAAUUCAGAUUCAAGAAAGUGUUUGAUCAACAUGCAAAGCAAGAGGAUAUUUUUGAAAACAUUGCCAGACCUGUUGCAGACAGUGUGCUGGCUGGCUUUAACGGCGCCAUCUUUGCAUACGGUCAGACAGGCAGCGGGAAGACCUUCACCAUCACCGGAGGGGCAGAGCGCUACGCCGAUCGGGGCAUUAUUCCUCGCACCCUAUCCUACUUGUUUGAACGCUUCAGCCAGGACAGCAGCACUGUCUACACUAUGCAUAUAUCUUACCUGGAGAUCUACAAUGAACUGGGAUAUGACCUGCUGGAUCCUCGCCAUGAGGCUUCUCGACUGGAGGACUUACCAAAAGUAUUGAUCAUGGAAGAUGCUGAUCAGAACAUCCAUCUGAGGAACCUUUCUCUCCAACAAGCAGCAAAUGAAGAGGAGGCCCUGAACUUGCUGUUUCUUGGGGACACUAACCGUAUGAUUGCAGAGACUCCUCUGAAUCAGGCUUCCACUCGCUCCCACUGCAUUUUCACUGUGCACCUCUGCAGACGAGAACCUGGCUCUGCCACCCUGCAGCGGUCCAAGCUCCACCUGGUGGACCUGGCUGGUUCUGACAGAGUUAGCAAAACGGGUCUAAACGGUGUGCUGCUUACUGAAGCCAAGUAUAUAAACCUCUCUCUUCACUUUCUGGAGCAGGUCAUCUUAGCAUUAUCAGAGAGGAGUCGCUCCCAUAUUCCAUACAGAAACUCCAUGCUAACGUCUGUUCUACGGGACAGCCUGGGAGGAAACUGCAUGACCACCAUGAUCGCAACUUUGGCAGUUGAUAAAAGGAACCUUGAUGAAUCCAUCUCCACAUGCCGCUUUGCCCAACGUGUGGCUCUCAUCAAAAAUGAAGCCAUAUUGAAUGAAGAACUGGAUCCUGUUCUGUUAAUAGCACAUUUAAAAGAGGAGAUCCUAACACUGAAGAAGCAGCUGGCCACGAUGAUGGGAGAACAGAAGGAUGAGCAGCUGACUGCAGACGAGAUGUUGAAGUUGGAAGAAAUGAUCGAAGCCUUUCUAAAUGAUCCGGAUCCAGAUGGGACACUAUCACUAGGCCGUGACAUGAGAAAAGUCCAGCAUUCUUUCUCCUAUUUCAAGAGGAAAAUCUUGGAAAAAGAAAGUGAAAGACAUCAAUGUAGUCAACAGCCACCAGCAGCAACACAGAGGGAAGAUGUUUAUUUUCCCCACAUGAGUCCAGUCGACGUGAACAGUCUGAAGGAGAUGCUUCAGCAACGUGACAACGAAAUCAGUAUUCUAGUGAAAAUGUUGAAGAAAGAGAAGAAAAGGGCAGAUGAUGCUGCUGUUCAGCUUUCCAGGAUUACUGACUGUCAAAAGUUGUCAUCCCAAAGUCUUCCAAACUAUUCCACAGUUCCAGGGUUUGGAGACGGAAUGGCAGACACUCUUUCCUUGAACCGUGGUGGCCAAGCAUCCUCAGAAUCUCUAACUGGAGAGGAAAACAUGGAGCUUGGAGAAGAUGUGUCCACACUGUCAAAGCUCACUGGACAAGUUGCCAGCAUGUGUCCACUGAGCCAACAACUGAAAUCCACUCCACCUCAGUCAAGAGACGGAAAUGUCAAAGGUCAUCAAGAGGACCAGAGAGUAAAAGUAUACACAUUUCAGGAAUCUCAUGAGGGAAAUAUGAACCAGCUUUCUUUGAACCACGGAGGGCAAGUUUUGUUGUCCAUGAAAAAAGGUUCACAGCUGUCUGCAGGGAAACAGGAGGCCUUUGAAAUCUUCAUAAAGGACCACGAGGAGCAGCAAAUCAUCGAGGAUCACAAACAAUUGAUCAAGAAGAGGUCUGCAGAGGCCAGAACACUUUCAGAGCAACUCAAUCAAGUCAGAAACACAAUUGCUGAGUUGAGGAAGCAGCUGCAGACGAGGAGAAGACAAAGUGCAGCACAGAGUGUUGAGGUGAACCAACCCCCGGGUGAGAAGUUUGACCCCGUAGAGGAGGAGCUCUGUGAACAAAUUAGGCGGGAAAAAAUUGUUUACAAGAGCGCCAUUGGGCGCCUAAAGGCUCUGAGCACAGAGAUCGAGCAUCUGCAGCUGCUGUUGGAAAGGGUGAAAGUCAAGAUCCAGAAGGAUUUCCAGAAGUGGUGGACCCAGGAGGCUUCCAGCCUGCAGGGCUGGGAGCCUGGAGCAACAGCUGGAUUUCACACUCGGCCAUCCUCAUCUGGAACUCCGGGUUUGUGGAGCAGCGUCUCCAGAGGUGCAGAGGCUGACAUCAAUCCUCCUUCAGAGUGGAGGACUCUGGACAGCACCUUCCCCCCCACAGGAGACCAGCAAGUGGAUGCCGACGUCCUGGCUUUUGUCCGAGCCCGGCAAAGUCUUCUCAGCAAGAACACUGCCCCCCAGCGGUGAAGUCCAGUCAGAAUGAGACCUGACGGCCCGCUGACAAAGGAAUUCUGGGAGAAUUUCAGAGGAAGAAACGCCAACAUGUGUUUUAAUGACAAAUGACUUCACAUUCACGGAAAUAAAACGCUUUUCAUUGU